AUGACUAAAACUAAAACAAUAAUUUGUGACAACAAUCUCUGGAUUCAUUAUAUUACAUAAACAAGUAACGUAUCUAAUCUGCACAUAUUCUUUAUAUUCUCUCCGAUUAUUCUCCCCUCGAAAUUAAUCUCCGACUCAUAAGUAUAGCAUGUAUGAUUCAAAUCCGAAUAGCACCUUCGAUUUUCUCGGACAGACCAAACACAAUUGUCAUGUUGGGAUGGAUCCUGGUGUCAGAGAAUCAGAGAAGCCUAACAGAUUAAGCAACAUGAGUGGUUCGGGUGUUUGUUCAGGGACGGAUCUGGUAAGAGGCCCGGGGCAUCAGAAACCGUCUUUCAACAAGGGUAGGAAUUCUCCUCCGUCUCUGAGGGUUCAGGCCAUUGCAAGAGGCCAGAAGGAGCUUAUGGAGAUGGUCAAGGCCAUGCCCGAGUCGACGUACGAGCUCUCACUAAAAGACCUCGUUGAUCAUCACCAGAAUGGAAAUGAGUCGGUAGAAAUUGAUCAACAGAAGCAAGAAGAGGAAGUAAAAAUCGAUGAAGAAGAGAGUAAUGGUAAUAAAAACAAGGGUGGGGUGAGAGUAAGACAAGGAAGUGUCAGAUUAAGACAAGGGAGUGUGAGGAAGCAAGCAAGUCUCAAGAAAGUGGAAAAGAAGAUGGCAAGAAAUGGGAGCAAUAUAAGUGAGAGUGGCAACAAAGGCUUGUUUUUGAAGAUGGUAUUUCCCAUGCCAUUUGGAGGAGGGACCAAUAAGAAGGUUGUGAAAGCUAAGACUAGUAGUACUUCUAAGACAACAGCAAAGGAGAAUCCUUAUGCUAAAGUGUGUUCAAGUAGUGUUGGGAAUAAGGAUCCUAGUAUUGGUGAUAAAUCUUCCAAGAGUAGUAAGCAUAAGGAGUGGUGGAAGAGGAGGUAUCCGGUGGCGUCGGACGGGAGUGAGAGCAGUGGAUUGAGUAGCAAUGGGAGCAGUGGGAGCAGUGGGAGCUCGGCCAGCAAUGACAGCAGUGGAAGCAGCAUUAGCAACAAGAGCAUCAGGAAAAAAGGUGGAUUGCUAAAGGGAUGCGCACCCUUCUAUUACAACAAGAACAAAACAAUAGUGGAGUGAGUUGCGUGUUUGAAAGCUGCCCAGCUCUGCAAUUCAUACUUUCUGUAUACAGAUUCAGCUUCAUGUAUAAUGCCCCCAUCUCAAUUAUAUGAUACAUUUUUAUACAUGGUAUUGAUAGUUUCGAUUUUGUGUAAUUUUUGUUUUUGAUCUUGUCAUUCUUUUUGUUGUGUUAGAAAAUAAAUUGAUUUUGUUUUGUCUCUAAA